AUGAGGUGGGCGAAGCCCGCAAAGGCGCUGCUGUCGGCGGCUGCCGUACUCUUUGCCUUGUCGUCGGCAGCUGCGAACCCGCAGACUGGCUCCAGUGCGAGCGCGGCGGACGACGGCGACCAAGAGGUUGCUGCAGCUGCGCAUGCGCCUACGGCAGCGCCUCUGGUGGCGGAGGGCGCGGCGCACCAGGGCUACCGCAUGCCCGGCCUCUUCGGCUUCAACGGCGGGCGGCCCUUCUUCGCGGAGCGCGACCCGCUCACCGGCUCCCUCGACUUCGGCACGCGCGCCGUCACCGCCACCGGCGCCGGUGCUGCCUCUCACGGGGACGGCGACUACUUCUACGAAGACGAGGAGGCGGUGGACGACACCGAGGCCGACAGCUGGGACGGCGUGGACCGUCGAGACGGGCCUAUCCGCGGCAGCAGCAGUGCCGCCCCGGCGCACAACGAGGUGGCGGGCGUGCGCAUCGUGCACGGCUACAGCAACCACAAGUACACCGAGGAGGACCUCAAGUACCCGCUCAUCUCCAGCUCGUACGCCAACACCAAGGUGCAGGGCGCGGGCGGCAGCCAGCGCGUCGUCCGGCCGCAGCCCACCAGCUCCACCCCCGUGCCCUCCUACUACACAACCACUACCACUACUCCCAUCAGCACCACCACCACUACCACUACCACCACCACGACCACCACUACGACCAGAAAACCUCCGACGACUACGACAACGACCACCACCGAGCCACCGUUCGAUGAAAAUUACGACUACGAAUUCUAUGAUACGGCACCGGAGGGGCCCAGUCCGUCUGGCCACGCGAGACCGGUCGAGAAUGGGGUACCCUCGUACGAUAUCAGUCACGGCUACAUCUACCCCAUUGCCAAUGGAGAAGUAAAGCCCGUCACAACUGCAGCAACUACCACCGCAUUCACAACCACCACCACUACUGCCACCGAGCCCACGACGAAAGACACCCGCCGCGAAGACUCACCCUCUUCGACUACCAGUACCACAGCCGCAACCACCACACCGACUACCACCACCAGGAGACCGGCAGUGACAUAUGUUACUUCGGAUAAUAAGGAGCCUACAUCAGCGCCAUUCGUCGUCACUUCGAUGCCACUCGAUGCCCACACUCCUCUGAAACCUCAGGGACGACCUCCCUCUCUAACCAGCAAUGUCAUAUUGACUCCCAACCAGCGUCCACAAGCGUCAUCAUCACGCCCUCCUCUCGUUCCGUCUGUCGAACUACAGACCGAAUCCUCGUAUCUGAAUAAUGCCGACAGGCUGAGUCCGUACGGUGCCUAUGCCGAGGAACCUUUCCGACCGAUAUUUGGGCCGGGUGAAGGUGUCGAGCAGACGCGUCCUCCCGGUGGUACCCCUACCCCGAGGCCACGACCGCCGGCACCUGGAGUCCUGAGACCCGGCUAUGCCCAGAAUGCUACCGUGUUCUUCCCUUACGGUGCUAACAGGCCAGCUGCAACUCCCACUAACACUCACAGAGUGCCGGCAGAUUCACUGACUGGUCAUAUCCGCCCCACUGCCAGCCCUGUAGCCGUACAGCCCAAUCCGCUGGCGACACUGCUAGCUUCUUCUGGCGCUCUAGCUGUCCAGACACAGCCUGCCCCUCGCCCGAGUGCUCCUACUCCCCAGCCGGCACCACAAGAUGGCAACAGGUGGACUGCAGCAUCAGCCAAACCUACUACCACCAGUGGAGGUGUCGUCAAGUUUCCUGAAGACAAGCAACCUUCUCGCCCAGUUCCGGACACUUCUUCGACUCCAGCAGCUGGGAGCAAGGUCGACGGUAGUGGUAGCUUCAUCAGCUCUGUGCAGAAAGUUCCACUGUCUGCACCACCCCCGGCUGGCAUCCCGUCACGGCCACAGGUCCGUCCACCUUCUACAGAGCUGCAACCGCCAGCAGAAGCCUCUCGCCCACCGCCCUUCUCAUGGGACACCCGUCCUAAGCAGCCUCCUCUGAGAUACCCUCUCCCUCCUCCACCGCCUCCUCAUCCCGCUUCACCCCAAAAUAAUCAGAUCGCACGUCCCAAGGUGGACACUGUCCCAUCGCCGACAUACGUAGUCGGUUCACCGGCAGCAGGUGGUGGCUACAAUCGCGGCAAGCCUCCAGCAGCCCAGCCUCACAAUGGGCGACCUAGAGUACCGCCGCCGCCGCCUCCACCUCCAUCGCCUCACUCGGCAGCGCCAGGAGCAGCUCUUCCCAACAUCCUGCCACAGUUCCGGCCGACAGCGGGGCAGGGUGACGGUCGCUUCCCAUACCGUCAGCAGCCACUGGUGCAGCGUUUGCAGCCACCACCCAUGCAGCCGGCAGCACACUACCGCCGCCGCAGUGACCGCCCUGAUGAAGAACCACUGCCACCCCCAGCGCCACUGGUGCAUCGCCGCGCAGGACCCGACAACCGACGCAUCACUACGCUGCAGAUGAUGCAGGGUGCAGGAGGUGGUUCCGGUCCUUCGUCGGCAUUCCUGCCGCCCCCUGUAGCCGCCGCCGCCAGGAACGAAUUUACCGUUUCCCCAGCUGCUUCCGAAAACAGGCCCGUGUUCGUUGUUUAUCCAGUGAAACCUAAUGAAGAGCGAAUCGCCGACACAGGUGUUGUGAUUGGGUCGCACGGUCCACAACGACCACUGCCUCCAGCUGACCUGGAGGCAGAGCGUGAGGCAGCUGCCGCCUCCGAGGAGUUGCCUCUACUGCAGCCAGUCAGGGAUCGCACAGACACACCACUGCUUAAGCCGCACCGUGCUGAAACUGUUGCUCCAGUUACAGCAGAUGACUUCCCCUACCGCAUGGAAAGACCGCAUCUCGAAGAAGACAGACCUCUCGCCGAAGCACUCGAUGCUGAGAUACAUGACGAUCAUUUUGGUGGCGCAACGGGCCGCGACAGAGACGACCACGACACUGAAGACAAUGUAGUCAUUCCUUAUCUGCAGGACUACCAGCCUUUUGCCACCAAGAAGCCUCCUCAUUCGCCAUCCACUGUGGGGAAUACCGACAGGUGGGCGUCCGUCAGCAAGGAUGUAAGUACUACAACGACAGCUACAGUCGCUACCUCGCAGAAAAAAUAUCCUUCGAUGCAGGAGACGGUAGUGGAACCUGGUGCUGGUGGCUCCGAAUUCACAGUGUCGGCAGUGAUGCACACCCGGCCUCAACUCGGAGGACUCAAUGGCAGCCACCGUUCCAAUCAUCGGGAGCGUCCAGAGGACCUCCCAUCGUCAUCUACUCCUCCGUCUCUCAAUUUCCAGGCUCCAUUCCAGGCGAGCGCCAACGUGGAUGCUGCUCCCUCCAACCAGGGCUGGAGUGUGGUACCUGACACUCGCUUUCCACCAGCUGCCGAAGACAGGGAGGACUCUCCAUUACCCACGCCAGCGAACUCCAAAGACGACAUUUCUGAAGCCACCCCGUCCAAAUUCGACUUUGAAAACUUCAAACCACAGUUGUUCGGAGGUUUCAAGCCCAUCUAUAACGUCCCCAUCACCAACGGCACUGCCUCAGCUGGGCAACAACUACUAGCAACGGAGAGAGAAGAGAGACAGCUCUGAAAGCGGCUUCUUCUUUGGUGGUUCAUGUGAGCCGUAAGCUUCAUCUCUCCCGCAUCAUCAAAGGACUCUGCCGAUUCCUCCGUCCUGCCUAUGGACGACCAGUGAACGAAUACUUCCCACGUAACGAUGUUCUGCGGUCUGCAGAUGGACAAUCUCGCGGCAUAGUAAAAGAUGCCACGACAAACGAGACGAAUGUCGAAACGUAAGAAGUAUUGGUGGAAAGGUGCAUACAGACGUUUACGAGCGUGCAAAAAGCGCCGCUGACGCUACUGGCCUGAACAUUAUUUUUGGUCUAAUUACGUUUUACGAAAAGAAAUCAGCAGAAAAUAUUGUCUUGAUUUCGUUACGUUUGUAACGUCCUUCUCAAUGGGUAACCUACAUUAAUUAGGUAAUUUUCUACGUUGGCUACUUCUUUUGGUACGAUAUUGGGUGAAGCUGAGUGCCUUUACAAGCACCAGAUCGACUUCUGUUCCUAUUGCUAAGGGUCUUCUAGGUUCUGUCUCACUGUUGUAACAAACAAUAAAAAUGGUUCGUUUUCAA